GCCAUUUUGCUAUUAUUACAGAAGGUUGCAUUAUCUGUUCGUCAACAAUGUAAAGUGAAAUGUUUGCUCGAAUUUUAUAGUGAAUGUAAUGUGAAGUUAAGAUUUAACCCUUGAAAUAAAAACUAGGGUUAUGGAGGAGUCCAACGAGGAGCACAGGGUCAUUCCCGAACUCUACUUUCUGAUAGCGAAAUUCCUGUCGGGCGGACCCCUGAAGGAGACUGCAAAGACUCUGCUAAAAGAGCUCGAGAGUAUAGAGGUGCUGCCCCGGCGACUCGACUGGGAGGGACGCGAGCACGCCCAGUCUUACGAUGAACUGGCGGCGCAGCACGCGGACGUGGGGUGGCGGCGGCUGGCGACGGUGUGCGCGCGGGCGCUGGCGCUGGCGCAGCGCGCGCCCGACGAGCUGCCGGAGCGGCUGGCGGCGCGGCUGUCGCUGCUGUCCGAGUCGCUGGUGCGCCCGCGCCCGCUCUACGCCUCGCACAAGCCCGACCACUCGCUCGUGCGCCGCCUGGUGGCGCGCGAGCUGGGCGCGGGCGCGGCGGCGCGCGCCGGCGGCCGCGGCGGCCCCGCGCUGUUCCCCGCGCGCAUGCUGGCCGGCCUGCAGCUGCAGCGCCGCACGCUGGGCCACCUGUCCGCCGUGUACUGCGUGGUGUUCGACUGCUCGGGCCGCUACGUGAUGACGGGCGCGGACGACAUGCUGGUGAAGGUGUGGAGCGCGGCGGACGGGCGGCUGCUGGCCACGCUGCGCGGCGUGGGCGCGGAGGUGACGGACGUGUGCGUGUCGGCGGACGGCGCGCUGCUGGCGGCGGGCUCGGUGGACCGGCUGGUGCGCGUGUGGUGCCUGGCGUCGGGCGAGCCGCGCGCCGUGCUGGCGGCGCACGCGGGCACCAUCACGUCGGUGCACUGGGCGCCGCCCGCGCGCCGCGACGUGCGCUGGCUGGCCAGCACCAGCACCGACUGCUCCGUGGCCUUCUGGACGUGCUCGCCCGAGGGCCACUUCCUGUCGCAGCCGGUGCAGUACGUGGAGCGCAUGCGGCCCGGCGUGUGCCACAUGAUCUGCGCCGCGUGGUCGGCGGGCGGCGCCUUCCUGGCGGCCGGCAGCGCCGACCACCACGUGCGCAUCUACACGGUGGAGCACGAGCCGGGCGGGCCCAAGCGCGUGCUGGAGACGCCGGUGCACGACGACGCCGUGGACAGCAUCGCCUGGGCGCACCGCGGCCUGCGCUUCGUGUCGGGCAGCAAGGACGGCAGCGCCGCCCUCUGGACGCUGCACGCCACCCAGUGGCGCCACGUGCUGCUGCAGCCCAAGUCCACCACGCAGGACGGCAAGCGCCUCAAGAUGACGAUGGUGUGCUGGGACUGCAGCGACGCGUUCGUGCUGACGGCCGCGUCGGACAACACGAUCCGCGUGUGGUGCGCGCGGACGGGCGCGGCGGUGCGGAUCCUCCGCGCGCACCGCGACGAGGCCUACGUGCUGGAGGCGCACCCCUUCCUCGCCGGCGUGUUCCUGUCGGCCGGACACGACGGACAGCUGCUCGUGUGGGACGCCCGGGCGCCCGAGCCGCUCGCCGCCUUCCACAACCGCAUCGACGGCCACGGCGACGGCGCCAUCUUCGACGCCAAGUGGGGCGGCGGCGCCAGCGUGGCGGCCACCGACUCGCACGGCCACCUCCUCCUGCUCGGGCUGGGGCGAGGACACCGGCUGUUCGCGCAGCUGCCGCCGGAGCUGUUCUUCCACACGGACUACCGGCCGGUGGUGGUGGACGCGCUGGGCGGCGCGCACGACGAGCAGACGGACACGCCGCCGCACCUGCUGCCGCCGCCCUUCCUCGUGGACGUGGAGGGCGCCCCGCACGCGCCCGAGUACCAGCGCCUCGUGCCGGGCCGCGAGAACCUCGCGCUGGCGCAGCUGAUCCCGGCGGCCGAGGCGCCGCGCUCGCGCAUCGACGCGAUGAUCGAGGCGCUGGCGGUGGCCGGGGGCCGCUCGCCGCGCGGCGUGUGGCGCGGGGAGGGCGUGCGCUACACGGCGGGCAGCUGGCAGCGCGGCGACCCGCGCGACGUGCCCAGCUGCACGCGCCCGCUCGUGCCGCCGCUCGCGCCCGCCGCCUGCGACCACAUACACAAAGCAUGCGCGGAACUGAACGCCCUCGAACAGAGCUGGUACCGGCGCGAGAUGCGCCGCCGGCCGCUGAUGAUCAGCACGGCGGCGGAGGGCGCGGGGGGCCCGCGGCGGCGCGCGGGGCGGCGGCGGGCCCCCGCGCGGGCCCCCGCGCGCCGCCCGCGCCCCGAGGAGCCGCCCGAGCCGCCCUCCGCCUCCUGCAGCGACACCAGCGACGAGUGGGUGCAGCGCCGCCCGCGCCGCGCCCGCGAGCCCGCCUCCUCGCUCGACCUCACCGACACAGACACCAGUCGCGGGAAAACGGCUAAUAAUUUAUAUCAAGCUUAUGUCAAAAUUAAUGAUUGUGAUCUCCAAUCUUCAAACAUCGGUUGGAUCGGUUAUUGCAUCGGGCAGGGCAGCAUUGCAUGUACUAUUAUAAUAUCGUGUGUGAAUACUAAUGGUGUUGUGGUUUGUCGCAGCUCGCAUAACUCGCAUAACUCGCAUAACUCCGCCAGUAAGAGCGACAGCUCGUCGUCGUCGUCGCAGUACUCGGACUGGCAGGCGGGCGCGGAGCUGGCGCCGCCAGCCAGGGCCAGGCGACGGCCGCUGCCCACCAACCGGCCAAGCGCGGUGACUACGAAACGAGCGGAGAGAGCGGCGGCGGGGGCUGGCACGGGGGCGGAGGCGGGGGCUGCUGGCGACGAGGCGGGGGCGGAGGCCGGCGGCGCCUCGGCUGCGGCGGACGCGGCGGCCGAGCUGCCGGACGCGUACCGGCCGGGCGAGUGGAUCACGGCCGUGUCGCCGCGCAAGGCGCCCUACCACCCGCAGAUGGGCGACGAGUGCCUCUACUUCCGACUGGGACACCAGCGCUACUUCGAGGCGGUGGCGGAGAAGGACGUGUACAAGGUGACCGCGCGCGACAAGCCCUGGGAGCGCACCCACGUCUACGAGUGCGAGCUGGUGCGCGUGGUGGGCAUCAAGUACGUGAUCAAGCCGCCGCGCGUGGCGUGCCUGCGCCUGUCCUGUGCGCUGGGGACCGGGCGGACGCUGACGGUGCGCUACCACGACAUGGCCGACGUCAUCGACUUCCUGGUGCUGCGGCAGCAGUACGACGCGGCCGUGGCGCGGCGCUGGGGGCCCGGCGACCGCUUCCGCUGCAUGAUCGACGACUGCUGGUGGACGGGGCAGGUGCUGGAGAGCGCGGCGGGCUCGGGCGCCGACACGGGCGCGGCGGCGGGGCUGGCGGGCGAGGCGGCCCAGCGCUGGGCGGCGGCGGCGGCGGCGCAGUUCCUGUCGCUGCGCGUGCGCUGGGACAACAACGAGGUGGAGCGCCUGUCGCCCUGGGACCUGGAGCCCAUCGACCCGCAGCGCCUGCCCGCGCAGCCCGGCGGCGCCGUGCCCGUGCUGCCGCACGAGCUGGACGCCGUGCUGUACCGCGCCGAGCCCGCCGAGUGGCCGCCGCACGGGGACCGCGCCGCGGCGUGUAGAGCCAUCGCGCAGCACAUCGGCGCGGUGAUGUCGCUGGCGGCGGCGGAGGCGUUCGUGGCGCCGGUGGACCUGCAGCAGUACCCCGCCUACGCGCGCGUCGUGCCCUACCCGGUGGACCUGGCCACUAUCCGCGCGCGGUGCGACAACUUGUUCUACCGGCGAGCGGCCGCGGCGCAGUUCGACGUGCGGUACCUGGCGAGCAACGCGGAGCAGUUCAACGAGGCGCACAGCAGCAUCGUGCGGGCGGCGCGGCUGGUGUCGGAGCUGCUGCUGCGCUGCAUCGCGGACUGGCGCCAGCUGGACGUGCUGGCCGCCUACCGCGCGCUGCAGGCGCAGUACACCAGCGACGACGACGACGACCAAGCAUGGAGGCCCCAAGCUGCCAGGGUCCUGGCCGAGCUGCUGGCGUCAGCGGACGCGGAGCCGUUCCGCUCGCCGGUGCAGGCCCGCGAGGCGCCCGACUACUGGCGCGUGGUGGCGCGGCCGCUGGACCUCGGCACCGUGCGCGCCAGCCUGCUCGCCGGCGAGUACGCCACGGCCGAGCACUUCGCUAGCGAUGUGAGGCGGGUGUUCGCUAACAGCAGGCUGUACAAUACUAAUAAGAGGAGUCGGAUCUACUCGAUGACAGUCCGCCUGUCCGCGCUGUUCGAGGCGCUGUGGGCGCGCGUGUCGCCGCCCGCGCCGCGGCGGACGAGGAGACACAAGCGACAACAGAUCAAUGGCACUGCCACAAACGGCGUAUCUCGUUCAGCAUCAGGCUCCGAGUCCAACAGCUCGGAGUCAGAGACCCUCGCCGCCACCUCGCGCCGCGUGCACGCGCGCCUCGCCGCCGACACGCCGCCCCGCGCGGCUCGCUCCGCGCGCUCUACGCGGUCCGCGCGGUCUGCACGGUCCGCGCGGACGGUGCGCGCGGACAGGACGCGGGCGCCCAGAGACUCGUGGGACAGUGACGCGCCGCUGCAUGUGCAUAGGAAAGGUAAGGGCGUGGGCAAGAAGAGCAAGAGCAGCAGCGCGAGUGCUGAGCCGCUGCCCUCCACCAGCAGAGAGCCCGACGCAGAGGUGGAGGGUAACGGCGCGUCGUCAUGGUCGUCAUCGUCGUCGGAGUCGCACAUCCGCGUGGUGGAGGAGGAGCUGCGCGACGACGAGGUGGAGCUCACGUACGACAGCGACCGGCCGGCUCCCCGCCGCAAGCGAGCCCGCCCGCACUCCGACUCCUCCGCCGCCGCGCCCAAGCGCAACCGCGAGCGCUUCUCCUCCAGCUCGUCCUCCAGCGAGCCCGACUCCGACUCCGCGGCCAGCGCGCGGCGCUACUCCUCCGACCGCUCCUACCGCCCGCGCUACUCCUCCGACGAGGACGCGCCGCUGCAGCAGUACCGCGCCCGCGCCGCCGGCAGCCUGCGAGCCCGGGGGCUGCGGCGCUACAACGAGGACAGCGAGGAGGACUCCGUGGCCGCCAUCAGCAAGCGCCUGCAGCACCACCACCACGCGCGCACGCACCACGCGCACGUCGCGCGGCGGCGCCGGCACCACGCCGAGCAGAGCCUGGCGGCGGAGGGCGGCGCGCACACGAGCGACCACAACUACUACAACGGACACGCGCAUGCGCCCAGGCAUCACCCACGGGAGCAUCACAGCAGGAACGGCAGCGCGGCGGACGCGGCCGGCCCCGCGCCCGGCGUGUCGGGAGUGUCGGGCACGUCGGGCACAGCGGGCGAGGCGGGUGCUGUGUCCAUCUCGUCACGCGGCCGAGUACGCAAGCUGACUGCCAAGGCACGCGGCCUGCUGCGGGAAUGAGCCCGGCGAGGGCGGCGCCGCUCUCCCGCCAACUAGGGGCACUGUGUGUCCAGCAGUGACCAGUGCUGUGCCAGGCCCUUACAGUGACCAAUGUGACGCGUAGUGGACUAAUAGUGAACAAGUGCAGUGCGGUACACUAACAGUGACAAAAUAUGCAACUCGUGAUAUUAUACAUAGUGUUCUAUACGUGUGAUGUUAUCAACGAAACAUAAUAAAAUGCCGAAUUUAAUAACUAUGGGGAUAAAACUGUGGUAGUAAUUAAUAAGUGUACAAAUUUGUGGAAACCGCAAGUUAACAUUGAUCAAUCACUUAUUCAAGUAAUUUGUAGGUUUUAACAGACAAUUUGAAAUGACCGCUCAAUAUUUAAUAAUAGACAUGUGUAGGAAGUCAAUAGUGUUGUAAAUACGUUGAUGACUGAUACCCCAGGCACAUACGCGUGUGAUAUAUCGAUAGACUAGCGGCGCACUUGUGAUAUUAGUGUAUCGAGUGUAGCUGUGUGCACGCCGCCUAAUACUUACUCUACUGUAGUAUACAAUAUACUGGGCUAACCUAUUGGCUUUGAGCUGAAACUAAAGUCUAUAGGUAAUGUAGGGGCUGUACCUGAGUUCAUUCUCAACCGUGAUCUAAUGAUAAUAAUUUUAUAGAAUGUGCCAUCAUUAACUAUUUCAUAUUGUUUAUUCAACAUACAAAUCAUGUAUGUUUGACAAUUAAAUGUAUGUCAUUGCUUCUAAAUGACUAUAGUUUUGGCUCAAAGUCUUAUAAUGAGAUAACACAAGCGAAGUGAGCUCUAUGAGCAUCAUGUAUGCAUUGAGCUCGGUACGAUGACACUCGCGCAGAUUUCAUAAAUACUGUAGUCAGCUGUAACCAGCUGUUCCGAGAGCAAUCUCAAGUCUUGCAAGUGUGCUGUAGCUAAGAACAAGUUAGUUAAGCAAUGUGAAAUAAUAUGUACAUAUAGAUGUAGGGCCGUACUUAACGCACAGGUGUACGUAGGUACAGAACUAAUUUGGUACAGGGCGCUCGGAUAAUACAGCUGUAUCUAGUUACACUAGAAAUUGUGAAUUUUCUUUAAAACAUGAAAUAAUGGUUUGUUAAUGGUAAAUACCAUGUUUUAGCUCCAUAGUUCAAUAAACAGCUGUCUUCCUAUGAAGUGAACUGAUGCAAAGCAGUGUUUUGAAGUCACUGGUAGCUAACUUCAGAGUGUCAAAGUUAUUUGAAGGCAACUGUACUGCAAGGUGUAUGUGUCGAGUUUCUCGAUACUAUUUUUGUAUAUUCUGUUGAUUUUAAUAAAAUGGAACUGUUCAAGUGCUCUGUACCGAACAUCAAGUGUUCAGUUAAUAACUAGUUUGUAAGUAUUAGCUGAAUUUAAUAUUGUGUAUUUGUGAAGGCAUAUUUGCAAUCUGUCCUGUUGUGUACAUCUGAUAUAAACUGUACAUAUAUCAUGUAUGUGUGUGUCUGUUCACAAUACCUAGGGUAAGGGUGACUGACAAGAUAAUGCAUACAGUAUAAUUUAAUCAAUGAUGGAGGGUUUAUGUAUGUGUUAGUUUUCUGUGUAAUUCACUCUCCAAGCAAUUCAGUGUGCAGUGGAAUGUACAGUUUGAUGCACUCAUUCAACACGUCAUCAACAUGUCGUCAACAUGGCGUACGAUCACGUGAUACUCGUACUGGUUAUGUAUUGUAGUAUGCAUUGUUUAUUAAAUAUUGCAAACUU